AUUUUUCCCUUCUGCAGCAGCUCGAAUCCAAAACAUCUAUCUAUAGUGCCGAGUACGAGAGAGAGAAAGAUGUUUAACUCAGUGAAUCUGGGCAACUUCUGCUCUCAGACGCGCAAAGACCGGACAUCCGACUUUGGGGACAGGACGGGCUGCGCGUCCAACAUCUACCUCCCCAGCUGCACCUACUACGUGCCCGAGUUUUCCGCCGUCUCCUCGUUUCUUCCGCAGGCCCCGUCCCGACAAAUCAGCUACCCUUAUUCCACAAAUCUGUCUCAAGUGCAGCCGGUACGGGAAGUUUCAUACGGCUUGGACCCUACGAGCAAAUGGCACCACAGGAGCAACUAUGCAUCGUGCUACUCGGGAGAGGAUCUGGUGCAUAGGGACUGUCUUCCACCAUCCACCAUGACAGAAAUGCUCAUGAAGAACGAGAGCGUUUACAGCCACCACCAUCACCACCACACUCACCCGGGCUCCAAUCACCCUUCCACGGGGUUUUACUCCGGCGUGGGGAAGAACAACGUCCUCCCGCAAGGUUUCGACCGCUUUUUUGAGACCGCAUACUGCAGCAGCACGGACCAUCAGUCAGACAAUUGUUUACAAAAGGGCGAGGGGGGGAAGCUGGAAAGCGACUCCCAACAGCAACAGCAACCGCAGCAACAGCAGCAGCAGCAGCAGCAGCCGCCCACAGCCUCCGGACCCGGAGCCCCGGAGCAGGAGAAAGACCCGGACGACGAGGAAGAGGAGCACACGAAUCCGGGCUCUUGCACUUCCUCCUCCGCAGCAACCAAGGACGGCAACGCCAGCAAGAGCAGCCACUCGAGCGUUCCUCGUACAAGAAAGAAGAGGUGUCCCUAUUCCAAGUUUCAGAUUCGAGAGCUGGAGCGGGAAUUCUUCUUCAACGUUUACAUCAACAAAGAGAAAAGGCUUCAGCUCUCCCGAAUGCUAAACCUUACCGACCGCCAGGUGAAAAUCUGGUUUCAGAAUAGAAGGAUGAAAGAGAAGAAGCUGAGCAGAGAUCGCCUCCAGUAUUUCUCUGGAAACCCCCUAUUGUGAGCAGGAGCAGCGCUGCAGUCUUGGACACUGGCAUCAGGCCUCCUCUUAUCUCACUGAAUUGUAAUCGUGGGCAUAGCCAUUUUCUAAAGGAGCCCAUCUCACCAACAGUGCAAUGUUAAGGUGGACAUUGGAAGAAAUGGGCCGGCAUGAGAUAAAAUCGCCACUUUCUUAUUGCCUUAUGGCGGCGAUGAAUUUCUAGCUUGUCCUCGGAAAGGCCUGUGGUCAGAAUAAUCAUUUAUAUGCUGUCCUUGAAUAUGUCCUAUUUAUCACGAUUCUCCAUUGUGUUUAUUCUACUGUUCAUAUAGACAUAUUUGUUAAAAUGUCCAAUGUAACAAACCAAGUCUGAAUCCUUGAUGCGCAGACAUCUUUUAGCUCUUACCACUCUGGUUUAUGUAUAUAACAUAUAAGUAUCUAAUUAUUUGUUGACCAGAGUAUGGAUAAGCCCUACAUUUUCCUGAUUGCAUUUUCGCCCUUGCAAACUGUGACGUUCAAUCUGUGAAAGUAAACUCCCCCUGUACAGAGCAGCCUAUGCAAUCUGCAUUUGCAACUGUAAAUAGGCGUAUGUUAAAUCUCUUUUCCCCCUAUCCCUGCUGCUAUUUUUAGUACACGGCCCAUACAACUUUAAUAGCUUUAACGCAAACUCUCGUUAAAUUAUUUGCUUAAAACAUUGGUGCUUUUGAUUCCAGAGAGGAUGAGCAAAUUUGUCAGCCUGUGUAUCAUAAAGACAAUACUUAAAUAAACAGAAAAGUAUAGGCAACACACCAACGUUUGUGUUUUUUGUGUUUUUAUAAUCACAAGCGCUACUGCGACUUUCGCAUUCAUUUAACAGGCUUCUUGAUCAUGAGUCAUGAGUCUUGUCCUUACCUGCAUAAAUGCGUGCGUUACCUAAAACUGCAUGGUCUACACCGACUGCAUGAUCAGCAGCGCACUUUUAACCUGUGCUGAUGGUCAGCUCAUGAGGACACACAUCAGGGCUGAGAUGAGGGCAGCUAUAGGAACUAAGAGCUACAUGUCUGGGGGGCUUGCCACAUUUUUGUGCAUUUUAAGGUUAAACCACUCCUAAAGAUCAUGUCUGUGUUCGCACGCAUAUUAAACGAAGAUAUACCCCAGAUCUUAAGAAAUUUAGAGAAAGGAAGUGGAAUGAUAUCCUCUUUUAGUGCGCACUAAAUGGAAUCGCCACUCUUGUAGUCUAGACACUGCCAUAAAGACAGAGGCACUAAAUGGCUAUUUUUUUCUCUUAAUUGCACCGUCUGUUCGGGGGAAAUGGCAUUCACUUCCGCAGUAAAUAGUAAACAAGCAAGGCUAGAUGUCCAAGGAGUGGAAAAUAAAUAAAUAAAUAAAUAAAAACAAAAACCUACCAACAGGUUUCCACACGAACUAUGUAUCUAUGUCUAUACAUAUAUUUAUAUCUGGUGUGUAUGUGUGUGAGUGUGUAUGUGUGCAGAUUAUACAACACAUUUAUAUUUUGUAUGUGUCGCUUUGCACUCAACAUAUGUGCAUGAUGACUCCACGUGUGCGUUGACUACGAUUUAUAAUUAAAUGUGGUCUUUGAACUUCAAUAAUGUCAAGGCCUCCACCUUUAACCCGCCGCAAUAAAGUGGAAUCAAGGAGCCCGGAAAUGUGCGCAGCAGCUGAGUGAGCCAAUGAGAGCAAGCGGGAACACAACAUGGAAUGUGUACACAGACCAACUUUGACCCCACGCAUUAAACUACGGCAGGUAACUUUGCCAGCUUUAGCACGCCCAGUAAAGACACUUUAUUGUCCUUGUAAAAUGUAUACGUUUUCACGCAUGAGGCGUUUUUAAACGUGUUGGUAUGAACUGUAUAGGCUUCGAUUUGUAUUUUCUGAGAAAAAAAACAUGUUGCUGUGGAGUUGCUGCAGUAGAGCCUGCUU